AUGUUGUGGUGGCAGAAGCUCCUGGGGCGCAACAGCACCAAUGAGGAUGCGAGUGAGGAUGAACGGGCUUCAUUGCUUGAUAAGAAGCCUACGUUCGAAGAAAUGACAAUUACCACCUCCGCAAAGUACGUCAACGGUGAGAAUGUCAUGGCGCACAUCGUCGUGGAGACCAAGCGCAUUGAUGACCGAGGACACACCGGCGUCAGUAAAUGUGAUUCGAACAGCACUACGGAAACCAGACAUUCUGGACUUAGCUCUAUCAGCCUUUCAGAUCAGAGUACAAUUGUUGAGGAUGCGAAGGCCCCAGAAGAACCAGAACUGUUUGCUGUUAGCUCUCCAUAUGUUGACGACUCAACCGGCGGGCGGAUGGUUAGACUCUACUACGAGCUCUCAGUAAGCCUCGAUGACCUUGAGCUCAGAUGCCUUGAAUCUCGUAUCCCAGAGACUGACGAUGAUUCAAUUGAGGCCCUCUUUCGCUAUCGAGGAGAGGAUUUUUGGCUACAUGUUCCUUAUGCUUAUGCCAAAGCUCGAAUGGUUUUAAUGGGCGUAUACAGAAUGGUCUGA